CACCCACCCACUCAUUCAGUCGCUCAGUCGGGCUCAGGCUACAGCCCCCUCCGUGCCCACUCGCCCACCCUCCCCAUGAAGAGCUCCAGUGCUUUGGAGCGCGAGCACCCACACAGGUUACACCACCCAGUCUGACCCUGUCUCCUCUCACCUUUCUGACUUCCUACUCUGAAGAGACAGCCACAACUCCAGACCCCCCUCAGAGUCCUUCAGGACAGGGGCAACCAUGUCACGGUUUUCCACCAUGACAACCCAGGAGAGGAAAAUGCAGGCAGCAGCCAUCUGUAGAGAGGUUCUAGCUCAGGAAGAUUUAGAGAUGGAUCUUGGGAAGAAAAUGAAUGUGCCUAAGGACAUCAUGCUGGAAGAGCUGUCUCUUGCCUCAAACCGGGGCUCCCGCCUCUUCAAAAUGCGCCAGAGACGCUCAGAAAAAUACACUUUUGAGAGCUUUCAGAAUGAAACCAACACGCAGCUCAAUAGUGCAGCCAUUUCUCAAACUGAGAACGGUAAUGCCACAGAUGGACAAAGUGGUGAGAACAACUUGGGCGACGACCAGGCACCUAAGGAGGCAUCCAGCACACCAGACACAGAAAUGGUGCCAAAUCCAGACAGUAUCGCCCCAGGCUAUGGAGGUCCUUUGAAAGACAUCCCUCCGGAGAAGUUCAACAGAACGGCUGUGCCAAAGUCCUACCAUUCGCCUUGGGAGCAGGCGAUCAUCAACGACCCCACUCUGGCUGACACUCUCAUCUGCAGCAUGCCUGAGCCAGCAGCCCAGCCCGACCGACCCGGAUACAAAAGUUUCAACAGGGUGGCAACCCCGUUCGGUGGCUUCGGAAAAGCACCCAGACCUGCUCCUAUCAAGACCCUCCCAGUGGAAGCCCUCCCCGACUACCCUGAGCUCCAGGGAGAUGGGGCAGCAACGACACGACCCUCCUUCAACAGAUCUGCUCUGGGGUGGGUGUCAGCGGGGGGUUCCACCUCCCUCCCUGUUGUUUCCCUUGAGUCCAUGCUCAUCCCUGAGUCAGAAGACCUCUGAACCCAUAAUGAAGUCACACAGAGAUGCGGUCUACUUAGUUGCUGCACCCAGGGUUAAUGUGGGAGGGGUAACGUUUGGGUCAGAACAGAGUCAGGGUGACAGAAAGUGUCCCGGUGGGUGUCACUGCUUCAGUUAACAUGUAAGCCUCAUCCAUUGAUUUUCCAGCGAUGCAAUUCUUGUACAGCAGGCAGAAGCACAACUGCAACAAACAAUUUGUUAUAUAUGAAUGUAUUUUAUCUUACAGACAUAAUUUCCUCUCAAUUAAAUGAGAUAUAACAAAUCCUA